AUGGCGAAGAAGCUAAACAUAUUGGAAGUCCUUCUGAUCAUUUUCAAUAUAAUUUUAUUGGCAUUGGAUAUCAUUUUGCUGCUUCUUGUGCUAGAGAAACCUUCAGAUUCUUCAUUUACUCCUGAGUGUCCAGACAUCUCUGAGUCAGAAAGGAUAGACUGUGCUCCUGGCCAGGUGGUGACAGAGGAUGUCUGCAGAUGGCAGCAUAAAUGUUGCUGGAAACCAGUGGCAGAUACCAGUGUCCCUAGGUGCUUCUUCCCUAGGAACUGGGGUUAUGAAGUCACCAAUGUACAAACAAAUACAAGCACAGGGUUGACUGCCCUGCUGAAAAAGUUGCCAUCCCCGCCUUUGUUUGGAAAUGAUAUUACUAAUGCCCUCUUCACUGCUAACUAUGAGACAGCCAAUCGUUUUCAUUUUAAGGUCACCGAUUACAAUGAGAAACGCUAUGAAGUCCCUCAUGAAAACAUCCAGUUGUUUAAUGCGACUGCUGAUGAUUCCAGUUUAAACUACUACAUAGAGGUCAUCAAGAAACCCUUCAGCAUGCGGAUAAUGCGGAAGAGCAACAAAAGAGUCUUGUUAGACACCAGCAUAGGGCCCCUUCACUUUGCCCAGCAGUACCUGCAGCUGUCUUUCCGACUACCUAGCUCCAAUGUGUAUGGGCUGGGAGAGCACGUGCAUCAACAAUACCGCCAUAGCAUGAGCUGGAAUACCUGGCCCAUCUUCACCCGAGACACCACUCCCACAGAGGGCACGAUUAAUCUGUAUGGAGCACACACAUUCUUCUUGUGCCUUGAAGACACCAGUGGGGCCUCUUUUGGAGUUUUUCUGAUGAACAGUAAUGCCAUGGAGGCCACCCUCCAACCUGCUCCUGCCAUCACUUACCGCACAACUGGGGGCAUUCUUGACUUUUAUGUCUUCUUGGGAAACAGUCCAGAGCAGGUGGUUCAGGAAUACCUGGAGGUUGUUGGACGACCAUUUUUGCCUUCGUACUGGAGUCUUGGUUUCCAGCUUAGUCGUAGGGAUUACGGUGGCAUUGACAGGCUGAAGGAGGUUGUAGAUCGAAACCGUAAAGCUGAGAUCCCAUAUGAUGUACAAUAUUCAGACAUAGACUACAUGAGUGGAAAGAAAGAUUUCACCAUUGAUGAACAGGCUUAUCCCGAGCUCUCAAAGUUUGCAACAGAAUUACAUAACAAUGGACAGAAGUAUGUAAUUAUUAUGAACCCUGGCAUCUUGAAAGAUCCUGCCUAUCAGACCUACAGUAAUGGAAGCAUAAGCCGAGUGUGGAUCUUGGACACCAAUGGCUUUGCUGUUGGGGAGGGUUAUCCUGGACAGUCAGUCUUCCCCGACUUCAGCAAUCCAGCCUCGAUUCCAUGGUGGACCCAGCAGCUCGCUGAAUUUUAUAAACAUCUGGAGUUUGAUGGCGUAUGGAUUGAAAUGGAUGAAGUAUCUACCCUCCAAGAUCCUGAUAAAAAAUGUGAAUCAAACAACUUGAACUUCCCUCCUUUCACUCCUAACGUCCUGGGUGGCUCUCUGUUUACAAGGACCCUCUGCAUGGACACAGAAUUCUACUCAGGCCUUCACUACGAUGUCCACAGCUUGUAUGGCUACAACAUGGCGAGAGUCACAGACUUGGCCCUGGAGUCUGUCUUGUCUGCUAAGAGGAACUUUAUCUUAUCCCGUUCUACCUUUGCUGGAUCUGGAAAAUUUGCUGCUCACUGGCUGGGGGACAAUGCAGCUACCUGGGAUGACCUCAGAUGGUCCAUCCCCAGCAUCCUUGAGUUCAACCUGUUUGGCAUCCCCAUGGUAGGUGCCAACAUCUGUGGCUAUUUUAAAGAUGUCACAGAGGAGCUCUGCGCAAGGUGGAUGCAGCUUGGAGCAUUUUAUCCACUGUCCAGAAAUCACAAUGGUCCUGAGUUCAGAGACCAGGACCCUGCCGCCUUUGGAACUGACUCUUGGCUGUUAAAAUCCUCCAGACAUUAUCUGAACAUCCGCUAUACCUUGCUGCCUUAUCUCUACACCCUUUUCUACCGUGCUCACACCCUGGGAGAGACGGUAGCAAGACCUCUGGUACAUGAGUUCUUUCAGGACCCAGCCACGUGGGACAUACAUGAGCAGUUCUUAUGGGGACCUGGACUCCUAAUCACACCUGUGCUAUAUGAAGGCAUGGACCAAGUGAAAGCCUACAUCCCAGAUGCCAUUUGGUAUGACUACGAGACAGAACUAGUCAUCCAAUGGAGGAAACAAUUUGUGGAUAUGCAACUCCCAAGAGAAAAGAUUGGCCUUCACCUUCGAGGGGGUUACAUAUUUCCCAUCCAGCAGCCAAACAUAACCACAGAGGCCAGCCGGGAACGUCCCCUGAGACUCAUUGUUGCCUUGGACCACAAGAGAGAAGCGAAGGGAGAACUGUACUGGGACGACGGUGUGUCUAAAGGCUCAGUAACUGGAAAGAAAUACAUUCUGUACGAGUUUUCUGUUACAUCUAAUUCUUUCCAGGCAAAGAUUGUAAAUAAUGGUUAUGAGGACCCCAAUAACCUCACGUUUACAGACAUCAGAAUCUUGGGGAUGGACAAGGAGCCGACUGAUUUUACUGUCUUAGUGAAUAAUAAUCCUGCAUCCCUUUCAAAUUUCGUCUACAAUGCCUCAACGAAGGUGGUGACUAUCACUAACCUCCCAGGACUGAAACUGGGACAAGAAUUCUCCAUCCAGUGGAAACUUGGCGUCAGUGACCUAGAGAAGUUUAAUUGCUAUCCCGAGGAUCCUACAGCCUCCGAGGAGAGCUGCAGGCAACGAGGGUGCCUCUGGGAGUACACAACUACUCCCGGCGUGCCCUCCUGUUUCUAUGACACCAUUCCUCAGUAUGCUGCCAACAACAUUCAGUACCAGCCCACAGGCAUCACCAUGGACCUAACCCUCCUGGAAGACUCAGCAUCUGCAAGAUCAGCACAAGCUCCUCGUGCCUCUGAUCCUCUCUCUGGGAAGAUCAGCUCUCUUAGGCUGAGUGUGACCUACCAUACAGAAAGCAUGCUGCAGGUCAAGAUCUACGACCCCACUAAUCAAAGAUAUGAGGUUCCAAUAGCUCUGAAUACCCCACCUUCACCGCUCGGCUCCUCUGAAAACUGCCUGUAUGAUGUUGAGGUUAAGACCAACCCUUUUGGAAUCCAAAUUCGACGGAAAAACUCCAGCACUGUGAUUUGGGAUUCUCAAGUCCCUGGCUUCACCUUCAGUGACAUGUUCAUUUCCAUUGCAACUCGCCUCCCUUCUCAGUACCUCUAUGGCUUUGGGGAAACUGAGCACACAGCUUUCAGAAGAAACAUGAGUUGGAACAUGUGGGGAAUGUUUGCUCGAGAUGAGCCGCCGGUGAAUAAGAAAAAUUCCUAUGGUGUCCAUCCCUAUUAUUUGGCAUUGGAAAAAGAUGGUAGUGCCCAUGGAGUACUCCUGUUGAACAGCAAUGCCAUGGAUGUGACGCUCCAGCCCACCCCAGCCCUGACAUACCGCACCAUAGGAGGGAUUUUGGACUUUUAUAUGGUUCUUGGGCCAACACCUGAACUUGUAACCCAGCAGUACACUGAGUUGAUUGGUCGGCCAGCAAUGACUCCAUACUGGUCCCUGGGUUUCCAGCUGAGUCGCUAUGGAUAUCGAAAUGAUGCUGAAAUAGCCAGUUUGUAUGAUGCAAUGAUGGCAGCUGGGAUUCCCUAUGAUGUCCAGCAUGUAGACAUUGAUUACAUGGACCGGAAGCUGGACUUCACCCUCAGCCCCAGCUUUCAAAACCUCAGUCAUGUAAUUGACGAAAUGAAGACAAAUGGCAUGAGAUUUAUUCUUGUUCUGGACCCAGCCAUUUCUGGCAAUGAGACACACUAUCUCACAUUCACUAGAGGACAAGAAAAGAACGUGUUCAUCAAAUGGCCUGACACCAAUGACAUUGUCUGGGGAAAGGCUUUGCCAGAGCUGCCCAAUGUGAAUGUGGAUGAAUCCCUUGACCAUGAGACUCAGGUUAAGAUGUACAAGGCCUAUGUUGCUUUUCCUGAUUUCCUGCGUACCAGCACAGCUGCAUGGUGGAAGAAGGAGAUAGAAGAGCUCUAUACAAACCCUUGGGAGCCAGAGAAGAGCUUGAAAUUCGAUGGCCUGUGGAUUGACAUGAAUGAACCAUCAAACUUUGUGGAUGGAUCUGUUGGGGGCUGCCGCAGUGAGAUUCUUAAUAACCCGCCUUACAUGCCAUAUUUGGAAUCCAGGGAUAAAGGUUUGAGCAGCAAGACCCUGUGCAUGGAGGGUGAGCAGAUCCUGCCUAACGGCUCCCACAUGCGGCACUACGAUGUGCACAGCCUGUACGGGUGGUCCCAGACUAGACCCACCUACGAAGCUGUGCAGGAGGUGACAGGACAGCAAGGCAUCAUCAUCACCCGCUCCACGUUCCCCUCUUCUGGCCGCUGGGGAGGACACCGGCUGGGAGAGAACACAGCUGCCUGGGACCAGCUGGGGAAAUCUAUCAUUGGCAUGAUGGAGUUCAGUCUCUUUGGAAUACCGUAUACAGGAGCAGACAUUUGUGGGUUCUUCGGAAAUGCUGAAUAUGAGAUGUGUAUUCGCUGGAUGCAAUUGGGAGCAUUUUAUCCAUUUUCCAGGAAUCAUAACACUGCUGGGACCAGGAGACAAGAUCCUGUGUCCUGGGAUUCAGACUUUGAGGCAUACUCAAGAAAAGUGCUGCAUACUAGAUACACCCUGCUGCCUUACCUCUACACCCUGAUGCAUAAAGCUCACACAGAGGGGAGCACUGUCAUCCGACCACUUCUCCAUGAGUUCACUAAUGACAGUGUGACGUGGGAUAUAGACCGUCAGUUUAUGUUGGGCCCAGCCAUCCUUAUCAGCCCCGUGCUGGAAAGUAACACUUUUGAGAUCAAUGCUUAUUUCCCACAAGCCCUGUGGUAUGACUAUAGCACGGAAUCAGGCCAAGAGUCCAAAGGUGAGUGGAAAGCACUGAAGGCUCCUCUGGACCACAUCAACCUUCAUGUCAGAGGAGGCUACAUCCUGCCUUGGCAGGAGCCUACAAUAAAUACUCACUUCAGCCGACAAAAUUAUAUGGGAUUGACUGUUGCUUUGGAUGGUAAUGAGAAGGCUGAAGGUCAGAUGUUUUGGGAUGAUGGACAAAGUAUUGAUACCUAUGAAAAUGGGGACUAUUUCUUAGCCCACUUUACAGCAGCACAGAACACCUUAAAAAUCCAGGUCAUACAUAAUCAAUAUCUGAGCGACUCAAACCCACUGAAAGUUGGAUAUAUUAGAAUCUGGGGUUUAGACUCUUCUUAUGUCGUCCAAGUCAGGCUCAUCUACAACAACCAGCAGGUCAUGGAGACCAAUUUCAUGAGUGAUCCCUACAAUCAGACACUAACUAUUCACCUGACUGAAAAGAGUAUCAGCCUGGAAAAGCUAACUGAAGUUACUUGGGUGUUUGGAGUUCCUACACUUCCUACUCCAAUUACAACGAGCAUCUCUCCCACAAGUUUUCCCCCAUUUCCAUCCAGUACUGAGGCUACCAGUGCUGACACCACCACAAGUUCUGCUAACAUAACGACACCCAAUGUGACAAGUACUGUUGUGGUCACUACCACUCCUGAAAUAAGUACUACUAAUGUCACAUCUAGUACCUUACCUCCUAAUGUAACUACGCCCUUCUCCAUGAGUCCUACUACUAUUAACACUAGUCCAACGUUUCCUAACACAACCACAACUCCUGAAAUAAGCACUGUUGAUGUUACCACUAACACCACACUGUUGAAUAUAACUACAACUUCUCCUAUGAGUCCUACUAUAGAUAGCACCAGUCCAACUUUUCCUUACACAACCACAACUCCCGAAAUAAGUACUAACACCACACUGCCUAAUAUAACUACAGCUUUCCCUACGAGUCCUACUAUAGGUAACACUAGUUCUUUUCCUGUCAUAACCACAAUCUCCGAAAUAAGUACUGUUGAUGUUACCACUAACACCACACUGCCUAAUAUAACUACAACUUCCCCAAUGAGUCCUACUAUAGACAGCACCAGUUCAACUUUUCCUAACACAACCACAACUCCUGAAAUAAGUACUGUUGAUGUUACCACUAACACCACACUGCCUAAUAUAACUACACCUUCCCCUAUGAGUCCUCCUAUAGAUACUACGAGUCCAACUUUUCCCAACACAACCACAACUCCUGAAAUAAACUCUCAGGAAUGGAGCACCUUGAAUUUUAUCAUACUCCAAGAAUGUAAAGGCGAUGAGGUCAUUGCUUCCCAGAUUCCCAGUAUGCCUUACCAGUCCUGGAGGAAGGAUUGUUCCACCAGGAAGCAGGAUUAUGAUGUCAGACCACAGCCUUCAGAGCUGUGA